ACCCACCCACAAAAGCUUCCUGUGUGAGGGGUAUAGGCUCUAAAACCUUGUGCUACAAAGUGUUGGACAGAAAGAAACAGAAAGACAGCAAGAGAGAGAAGGCCACAGACAGAGAAUUAAAGCUAGGUAUGCAACAAUAAAAAAAAAGCGAGAGAAACUGAAGGAAGAGAUGUAGGGCGGAGAGGGUCACAUUGAUACUUAGAGUUGACCACAGAACCUGUGAACUGUUGCUGCCACUGCUUCCGUGACGACACAUCGCACAGUUCCUCAACUCAACUACAGACCUACAAGAGACACUUUGUAGAGAGAAAGCGAAAGAUGGACUCCUUUUAGAAGCCCACCGAUCUCUCUAUCUCUGACAUGACGGAGGAAGCUGCUGUGUCACACAACAUGCCAUGGACGCCCAAGUCCGCAUUCUGAGGGACCUAUUGGCCCAAAUCGUCAGCAAGGAAACAGAAGAAGAAGGGGCAGAGAACGGCUUUGCCGGAGAGUUUUUGAAACUGAAGAGGCAGUCUACCAAGUAUCGUGCAGAGAAGACAUACCCCACCACAGCUGCGGACAAACAGGAUAACGUGAAAAAGAACAGAUACAAAGACAUUGUUCCCUUUGAUCACAGCAGAGUAAAGCUCUCCCUCAUCACAUCCAAACAUGAUACGGACUACAUUAAUGCUAGUUUCAUUAAGGGGGUGUUGGGCUCUAGGGCGUAUAUUGCCACACAAGGCCCGUUGCCAAACACUGUGCUUGACUUCUGGAGGAUGCUGUGGGAAUACAAUGUGCAGAUUGUCGUGAUGGCUUGCCGAGAGUUUGAAAUGGGAAGGAAAAAAUGUGAGCGUUAUUGGCCGGCAUCAAAGGAGGAUGUGUUUGUGUGUGAACCCUUUAACAUACACUAUGAGUCUGAUGAAAAUAAGGGAGAAUAUUUGAUAAGGACGCUGAAGGUGACAUGUAAACAAGUGUCCCGGACACUGAAGCAGCUGCACUAUGUGAACUGGCCGGAUCACGGAGUACCUGACUCCAUUCCUGCCAUCUUGGAGCUGCUGCAGGACAUGAGGAUUUACCAGGAUCAUGAUGAGCUUCCCAUCUGCAUUCACUGCAGUGCAGGCUGUGGAAGAACGGGUGCAUUGUGUGCCAUCGACUAUACCUGGAAUCUACUGAAGAGACAGAUGAUACCAGAGGGUUUCAGUAUCUUUGAGCUGGUGAAGGACAUGCGUACACAAAGGCCAUCUGUGGUUCAGACUAAGGAACAAUAUGAACUAGUAUACAGGACCAUCAAAUUGCUUUUUGAGAGAUAUCUAGCAGCAAUAGAAGAACCAAACAGAGAGGUCCCAGCUUCCUCCUCACCUGUCACCAUAAGUACUGGGAGUGAUCUCUCUGAUUUCAGCGACUCCGAAUCAGAGACUGACUUCAGAGCGCUGCUUCAAACUGAGCGCAGGAGUAAUGAGAUGGAAAUUCUAAUGGAUGAACGCAAUCACAUUACACAGAAAGUCACUUCUUGGCCACAUCCUCAUUUACAUCCAUUUAAUCAAGAGGCCAUCUCCAACAAACUCAGUCCUGCAGACAUGCUCAGUACAAUGAGUGAGGCCCAGAUUAAAUAUCAGAGGUCACUCAUAGCGCCAACUCCUCAAACAGACUUUACAACCUCAGGAUAUCAAAGAACUGAGCCAUCCACCAGCCUCUACACUGAUCUUACCCAAGCUGCAUGUUCAAACUAUCCCAUCAGCCUAGUACAGGAGCUAAGGCCAAAUACGAAGCAUCUGGAGUGGGAAGAAAACCAAGAUGUUAGUCCCGUUGGCAAAGACAACAAACCUUAUAUCUCCAGCACCCCCUGUUUCACUGUGGAAGAUCCUUAUUUUGGUCCCGAGUCUCCACCGGUUAGCGACAAUCCCAGUGUUAUGGAAUCUAUGGUUCAUGAAACCUGGCUGGAGAACCCUUGUUUCACAAUACCUAGUUUAACUCUUAAUAACCAGGUGUUGGAACUGCCAAAACAUGACAGCAAUGACAAAGGUGCAAAUUCACCUUCAUCUGAUGAAGACAGCCCUCCUCCUUUGCCAGAGCGAACCCCAGAGUCCUUUAUAUUGGCCGAGGAAAUUAACGAUAUCAUUGAAAUCAGUGAAAUCAGUGAAAUCAGUGAAAUCAGUGAAACCAGUGAGCUGCUGACAUUGGUGAUCCCAACCAGCUCAGACUCUGAGAGUGUCAACAAAGACAACCCGCCCUCACCUGUACCCCCACUGCCAGAGAGAACUCCAGAGUCUUUUGAAUUGGCCACGGAUGAGGAUUUGGUACAAAAUAUGACACAAGAAAAGCCACAGGAUGUUGUAAUGAGAGUUGGGAAAUCUUUAGAAUGGUCUGGUCAAACAUCUGAAGCUCAGACAGACAUGAAACGAUCCUGGUCGAGGAGCAAGAGCUUAAAGCUUAGAAUGUCACUUCCUGCAGCAUCAUGUAUUCCACUCAGUCCUAUUGCAAUCACAAGUCACAGUCCUCCUCCCCUACUGUACAAACAUCCUCAGGAAUCUCAACUACACACCCUAACACCGCAUGAGCAGACAUCUGAAAUAUUUGGACCAGUUCCAGGGACAGAAAGUGUUACUCCACCACUUCCUGAAAGAACUCCAGAAUCUUUCGUGUUUCACACGGAGAAAGUGGGUGACAACAACGCCCUCUGUCUGCCAGCUGAGGCCGAGCAGCAGAGACAGAGAGUGGGCACAUCAUCUGAAUGGUCAGGCAGCUCCCAACCCAGAUCAUUCCUGGAAAGUUCUUGGAGCCGAAGCAAGAGCGUCAGAGCAAAAGGUUCAAAACAAGAGCCUCUAUCUGUGGCACCGCUGACUCCACCAGUCCCUGUAACCAUGGCAAUUGGAGGCAAAGCUUGCCCUGUGGCUACUACAGUGGAGCACCAGCCGGCACCCAGCAGUCAUCUAGCAGCAAUGAGACCAACAGAGAACCAUUCAAACAGAGGGGGAGAGAAAACUUCACUGGUCAGCAAGGCCAGGACUAAGAGUAUUAAGUUUUUGAAAGGAAGACAGAAGCCAAAAACAGCUCCGCCUCCGAUCCCGCCCCCAGCCCCACCAUCAGCCCCACCAUCAGCCCCACCUUCAGCCCCAUCUACAGCCACGCCUCAGUCUGCUCCACCACCCUAUGGUGCUGCUGUUGGAUUCUUAUUUUCUUUUGGAUCUCGUUUUGGAAAGCCAAAGGGCCCACGAAAUAAGCCAGAAACAUGGGUCUAGUUCAUGUCGAAGGUGAAAGAAAAGGAGAACAGCCUUGCAAGAAGGGGAUUUACUGAGCAAAGAUUUCUUUCAGCCUCAGAGAGACAAGCACUGUGGUUUUUGAGGGAUAGUAGACCAACCACUGACCUCACACAACAGAUGGACAUUUAUAAAGAUUGUGCCUUUGUCAAAACUUUGACUACAUGUAAAGUUAUAAUGCAAGAAUAUGUCCUGUUUGAACCUUGAACCAUGUUGCAAUGAUCUUGCAACUAAAAUGUAUAUAAAAACAAAUGAUUAUAAUUGUGCUAAAGACAAGAGAUGAUUGUAAUAUAAAUUAACUUUUUAAUGUAUUUUAUAAAACACACAGCUGCAGGUAACCAUGACCAAUCAAACUAUUUGUACAUUACAUAACUUUGGAUUUAACAACAGCACAUUUGGUGCCAGGUCUGUUCGAAAGAGACAAAAAUGACAAAGGAUUGUGAAUAACUGUUAUCAAGUUUAUGGUUUGUGGCUGUGUGUGCUCAUUUGCAUAUUUUUAUUUUCUGCUCCAGUGAAAGUGUCCCCUUUAAGAAAUGCUUCACCUUGGUACACUCAUAAAAUGGUUUAUUUAAAAAAAUACAGAAAAA